CGCCCCUACACGGCGGCCUCUUCAAAAGAAGCCGAGCCAGGCUGUGGGAGCGGGACGCCAAGGAGAUGGCGGAAGGGGGCGGAGCCACCGUCGGCGCAGAAGCGCAGGACUUGAUCCUGGAAGAUUACUUUAUGACCGAAGAGGAACCUCAGGUUGAAAAAACAGCCGAAGAGGAUGAGAUUGAUCUUUAUGUUAACUUGACCUUCACUUCAGCAGGUUAUCUAGAAGACAAUGCAGCAAAAGCCGUGGCUACCAAACCAGAGGAAGCUCCUACAAGAGAACCUGAGGAUGCUAUAGCUGUAGAAGAGGAGGGACAAUCUAAAGCUGGAGAAGAGCAGCCCAUGCUAGAAGAUGUGGCAGAGGAUGAAAGCAGUCACAGUGAGUCACAGCUUGCUUAUGAAGACAUGGAGGAGGAGGACGAGGACGAGGAGGAGGCGGCGGCGGCGGUGGAGGCAGAAGACAUGGCUGGACAGGAGGAGGAGAAUAAUCAUGCAAGUGAGGAAGCUGAAGAGCAGAAUGAGCUGGGAGACCCAGCAGUCAUGAGGGCUGUGCUUGGCCAACCUACGCUAGAGAGAGAGGAUUCUGCUGUCCUUCAGAGUAAGGUUUCUAACAUUCUUGCAGAUUAUGCUGCUGAUUACUUGGCAGCUUCAAAAUCUGGUAUGUGGAACUCUACUGUGAGAAGAGUCCAGUCACUAUCUAUGAUGGAGGCACUGGACAGGGCUACCACCAUGUCCCGUGUCAACCUAGAUUUCCUGACCUCACCGCUGCAGAUGAGCUAUCUAGAUUCCUCUGGUCUUGAGCGCUCAGCCUUCCGUGGAAGAACUCUCAAGCCUUCUUCCCAGCGCUUCAUAAGGCAGUCUCCCAUGAUGCCUGGCUCUCUGCGGUCACCUUACCCAUUCACAACACCUCGCAGAACACGCCGUGGGUUUGGCCUCAAUCAGACCUCUGCUUCUCCACCCCCCUUCAGACCAUUCUUUCAGAAUGUCAGUUGUCCAACCUGGUCUCUGACCCGCUCGCCUGACCCUCUGGUCUUCAGUCCACCAACUGGUGGCCAGCAGAAGUUCAGCUUGCCCAGUGCCAUGACGCAGCUGCACCCUCUGCAUCAACGGAUCCUGACUCAAAGACAGCAGCGAGGCCAAGAGAGGAGCAUUUCCUGCCUGGAGCUCCAGCCUUCAGAGGUAGACCCCUAUGCUGCACUCAUGACGUCGGUGGAAAAGGACUGGGUGAUAAAGGUGCAAAUGCUGCAGCUGCAGAGUGAGAAUCCACACAGGGAUGACUAUUACUACCAGGAGUAUUACCGUAAGCUGGAGCGGAAGCAAGCAGAAAAGGGACUCCUUGGAGGGUGCAAAAACGAAGUUCCCAAGCUGGUCACACCAUAUAUCCAGAAAGUGGAGAUCUAUGAAUCCGUGGUGCGGAUUCCAGGCUCCUUAGGCCAGGUAGCAGUGUCGACAUGCUACAGUCCCCGCAGGGCUAUCGAUGCUGUACACCACAUCCCGCUGGAGCAGGCUUCAGGGAAUCAGCGGCUGCAAGUGCUGUAUCAGAUUGAGAAGAUGUACCUGCAACUACUGGAUAUGGAGGAUACUCGGAGGAAACUGGACCUGGCACCAGAAGAGCAACACUCCCACUUCUGUAAAAAACUUGCACAUGAGGUGGAGCAACUCUAUCAAACCCUGAGAAUUGAAGAGCACAACAGUGAAGAGGAAGCCAAAGAUGAGUUCCUGCAGAUCCUACUGGUAGGAAAAGGGAAGAGGUUAAUAGCUCGCCUCUUACCACAUCUGUCACAGGAGCAGGCCAAGCAGGUCCUUUUCACCAUCGCACAGCAUCUACCUUCUCUCAUUAAGAGAGACAUGCUGGAUGAGGCAUGGCAGACCCUGCCCAUUCUUUACAGUCCCCUCAGUGAUGUCGUUGAGUACCUGACCUUCAGCGAGAUGAUUGGCAUCCUACAGGAGCUAACCAGACUACAGCCAGACUCGGUCAAGCAAUCGCUUGCUCUGAUAUUUGGGAACAAGUUUGCCAUCUCUCUCCUGUACUUGUUGCUGAGCCAUGGCGAAAGAUGCCUCUCCUCCGGCAUGCCCCUGAAGCCCCACAGUGGAGACUUCGAGAAAUGGGCGGAUACAGUGGUGCUUGUUGCUAGGGAGCUGUCUCAGGUGCCCAAGACCUCCAUGGUGGAGCCCCUUUACCUCCCAAGCAACCUCCUGUUUCUCUUCUGUCGCUAUGUGGACAAAGAGACAGUGAACCGCCUGGAUGGCAAGAUGGAAUGAUCCCUCUUGCCUCCAUAAGCCACUGUGACACCACUCGGAAUGUGCUUUGUUCCUGCAGUGUGGACUACUUCUGUUGGUGGAAUGAGUUUUCGCCAUGAACACUUAAAUGCAACUGGAGUACAAUGUCUGCUCUCAAAAUAGGUUGCUUCAUUUAAUUGCACAGACGUUGUGUUUGGGUUUUCCGAAGUGCUCUGGGCCAGUUAUAGACACUCCGUGCUGGCACCAGGGCCCAUAGCACAUUCAGGCUAAGCAGUUUAGGUGGUGGUAGACACAGGCUAGUCUGUACAGUGUACUCUAGGAGCUUAUGGUGUGGGGAGAACUUUGUUUUAUAGGAUUUUGUGUACAGCACUUGAUAGAAUAAAAGCAACUAACAAACUAA